AUGAAGGUCGACCCCGCCUCUCCCUCACCUUCCACUUCCGUCCCCUCCGUCCACGUCCUCUCCCACUCGGCACACCUCCACCCUGGCCAACCAGGGCAUCACGGCGAGACAUCGGUCGCGCUGGAAGAAGAGGAUGACCAUGAUUAUGAAAGUCUGCCGAUUGGGCAUGGAUGGGGGACGAACAUGCUCGCUGGCGCAUUAGCGGGGAUCUCGGAGCAUGCGGCGAUCUUUCCGGUGGACAGUAUCAAGGUGGCCACCGCCUCCUCCUCCCUCUCCUCUAGCGCCACCUCCGCCCUCAAAUCCACCGCUACCCCCUCCGCCGCCAACCCCGCAUCCAUGACGGCCGCCGCGAACCGCCAAGCCCUGACGACAUUCUCGCAGCACCUCCGCUCGGUCUCUACCGGCGAGGGCAUCCGGACGCUGUGGCGCGGUGUCGCGUCGGUGAUCAUGGGUGCUGGACCGGCGCAUGCGGCCCAUUUUGGGAUGUACGAGUUUGUGCGUGAGAUCAGUGGAGGACGUGGGGAUGGGUGGGGCGGGGUCGGAGGGACGGCGGUGGCGGGUGCGGCGGCGACGAUUACAAGUGAUGCGUUGAUGAACCCGUUUGACGUCAUCAAACAACGCAUGCAAAUCCGCAACUCGCCACACCGCUCCGUCUUCUCGUGCGCUCGAUCCGUCUACGCCUCGGAAGGUCUUUCAGCCUUCUACGUCUCCUAUCCGACGACAAUCACCAUGACGGUCCCGUUUACGGCGGUGCAGUUCUCGGCGUACGAGUCACUCAAGGGACUGAUCAACCCGAGUGGGGUGUAUAGUCCCAUGACGCACAUUGUGGCGGGUGGGGUGGCGGGUGGGUUGGCGGCUGCUGUGACUACGCCGUUGGAUGUUGCGAAGACCCUCCUUCAGACUCGCGGAUCCUCCGAUGACCCCAGAAUACGAAAUGCGCGCGGUAUGGGCGAAGCUUUGAGGAUCAUCAGGGAACGAGAUGGGUGGAAGGGGCUGAGAAGGGGCAUGUUGCCGAGGGUGAUGACGGUGGCGCCGAGUACGGCUAUCAGUUGGAUGAGUUAUGAGUUCUUCAAAGUCCUUAUACGGCAAAACGGCGCAUUACCCGAGACGGGCAAAGCGACACCUCGGUAG